AUGUCCAUCCUUAUUUAAGUGAACAUAUGGAGGAAUUACGUGUUAGCAAUCCUGGAAAAGGAGUGAGGGCAUUGACGCAAAUGCAUAACAAGACUUUCAUUGAUUGGUUUCAUAAACGAGUACUCAAUGAUUUGGAUGAAAGUGUUCCUGAAACAGUCAAGUGGUUAGCAUUUGGUCCUCGUGAAGCUGUACGCUCUUAUGAGGGUUAUGAUAUUAAUGGGUAUACGUUUUGGACUGAACGUCAAGAUCUCAAGUCAAGAUCGCAACAAAAUAGUGGUGUUUCACUUGUGGCGUCGUCUACACAAUAUGCAAGCUCGAAAGAUAAGUCGCCUGUACAUGCUGAAAGCAACUAUUAUGGGCGAAUACAAGAAAUAUGGGAGCUGGACUACUGUACUUUUAAUAUUUGCCUCUUGUGUUGCACGUGGGUUGACAAUAAUCGACGUUGUGUAAGAAACGAUGGUAGAGACACCAUGUGA